AUGACAUUUGAUAAUGCUACUGUAACAUACGAUCCUUCGUAUCCAAAUGCAAGUAUAUUAUUAUGCCCAUCAUCAUGUUAUACAAUGAGAUAUUUGACUAAUCAAGAUGAAUAUCCAAUAUUUGGUAAUGAAACAUAUUCUGGAAAUUCUUUGGUAUGUAAAUCAGCAAUGCAUGAUGGUCGUGUUGCUCCAUGGAUUGGAGAAAAUUCUCCAAUAUUAAUUCAAAAUAUUUCUCUACAAUUGUCAAUAUUUCCAAGUGCUCUUAGAAAUGGAAUUCUCUCAGCUAAAUCAACAUCAUCAUCGUAUAAUACUUAUAGAUUUGCUAAUAAUCGAAUAAAUGAAACAUCAAUCAUUGAUAUUGCUAUUGAACAUCGAGGAUUUCUUUAUACACAAAAUAAAGAAUCAAGUAUAACAUGUCGAAGUAAAAAUGAUUUAGUUUCAAUUGAACCAAUUAAUAUUGAUAAUGGAUGGAAACAUUGGAUUGAAAAUCGUUUAAAAUAUUUUACAUUUCCAUGGAAUAUGACACGAGAUCAAGCAUUAACAUUUUGUUCAAAUAAUAAUGCAACAUUAAUGUAUUGGUUUAAUACAACUGAACAAGAUAUUCUUCAAAAUGUUAUUUUAACGACAAUUCAUCAAUUAUUUCGUUAUCAAAGAAAUACAGCUGGAAAUGAUACACUUACUUUUUUUAUUGGUUUAAAAAGAAUUAAUAGACUUCAACAAUGGGAAUCAAAUGUUAGAAAUGUAAAUGAAGAACGAUUUGACAUAAAUGUUAAUUCCUUAAAUAAUGAUGAUGAUUAUUGUACAAUAAUUCAAUCAUCUGGUGGAAAUCCUCAAUCAUUUGGAAUAUAUUCUCAUAGAUGUGAUAAUCAAUAUAUAAGUGGAUAUCCUCUGUGUAGAAUUAUUCCGUCAUUAAUUGAUCAGCAACAUGAUUUUAUUUAUCGUCUUGAAUCAGAUAGUCAAUCAGGAAAUUUAACUGGUGUUAUAGAUUAUUGUUCCGAAUUAGGUGGUUAUCCAAUUUAUGCUAAUAAUGCUUAUGAAUGGCAAUUAAUUCAAGAAAUAAUGUUAAAAGAUUCAAAUUUCAAAUCUGAUUACGUUUAUACGGGUUUAAUAUCUCAAAGUAAACAAGUUAAUAAUGCAUAUUGGAUGCCGAAAAAUAUUUCAUAUAAUAAUUCAUUAAAUUAUAUAUGGUUUGCAUCUUCGCGUGGUUCAGAUAGAAUUGCUUUUCAUUUAUCAAAAGCUCGUGAUGAAUCUUAUUAUGGUUUAUAUGAUAUAAAUCCAUACACUAAUUUAAAUAAUCUUAGAUUUUGUCGUAAAAAUGAUAUUAAACAAAUGAUUAAACAAUCUUCAUCAUGUCAAUACAAACAAUGUACAUCGAAAUGUAUAAAUAUAACCCUUCCAAGUCAAAGUGAUGAUUCAAGAUUUGGUUUUUAUGGUUGUUUUUCAAAAAAUAGUUUAGCUUCUACUGUUUAUACACAAUCAUUUCCACUUGAUGGUGAUUUUAUUCGUCCAGUAUUACCAAUGGAAUAUAGUGUUGGAAUUCGUCGAAGUUCAAAUGAUUCCUUAACAUUUAGUUUUAAUCAAGUUGAUAAAGAUCUUCGUUAUGAUUGUUAUGAAUAUAUAAAUGUUGAUAAAAGUUCAACAUUAGAUGAUACAAUUCGAUUAAAUUGUGAUUCAUCAAAUACAAAUAAUAAAACAAUAAGUGGUAUAAGAAUAAAAAAAGAUUUUAAUGGUUUAUUUUCAAUUGGUUUAAGAGAACGAAGACUUUCAGCUCAUCAUACGAGAUUUAUUGAUUAUCAAGAUUCUGGAAGUCGAUGUAGUUCUCAAGGUAUUUAUCAUCCAUAUAUAAAUCAAUGUAUUUGUGGACCUGGAUUUUAUGGUGAUCAAUGUCAAUAUAGUUGUCCAUCUGGUUAUUAUGGACAAGAUUGUGAUUAUCAUUGUUCAGGUGAUGAUGAUUAUUGUCAAGGUUUAUUAAUUUGUUUAGUUGAUCCAUAUGGGUGUUCUUGUUAUUCGGGUUGGUAUGGUACUAAUUGUAAUAUAAGUUGUCCAUCUGAUCGUUAUGGACCUGAUUGUUCUUAUAGAUGUUCUUGUCAAUCAUGUAAUCGAUUUACAGGUGCUUGUAAUUGUCUUGGAACUGAAUGUUAUCAAGGUAGAUAUAGUCGUAAUGAAUUAGACUCUCGUUGUUCAUCAUCGUCACCAAAUUUGGCUUUAUUAAUAUCAGUUCCAAUCGUUGGUGCUGUUGUUGUUGCUGCGAUAAUUGGUGGAUUAAUAUAUUGGAGAAAACGACGUUCAGCAGAUGAAGAAAAUUUAUUUCAAAAUUCAGGUGUUCGUUUUUCAUCUGAUUCAUAUCCAGCGUCAUAUGAACAAAAUCCAUAUCAAAGAGAUUAUAAUAAUAUUCUUAGUGAACGUUUGUGA